AUGACCUCCACUGCAGGUCACCUGGCCCAGCAGCAGGAAAGGAAGCGGCAGUAUGCUGUGAAGUUCCACCAACAGGACUAUGAGCAUCUACGUCAACAGUGUGUGGAGAAGGGACGUCUGUUUGAGGACGACUGCUUUCUGGCUGGGUGCAAGUCACUGGGCUACAAAGAAUUGGGACCAUACUCAUCCAUGACCAAAGGAGUAGUUUGGAAGAGACCAACAAAAUAUGUCAAUGAAGAAGACAAAUCUAAACUCAAUCAUGUGGCUGAGGAUGGAGAGUUCUGGAUGUCCUAUUUGGACUUCAUCAGACCGUUCACCAAGUUGGAGAUUUGUAACAUGACUCCUGAUACACUCAAGAGUGACGACAUUGGCCACUGGAACCACUAUCAGUUUGAAGGGAUGUGGCGAGUCAGAUCAACUGCAGGCGGCUACCGCAAUCACCCUGUGACAUUCGCAUCCAACCCUCAGUUUAUGGUGCGUCUGGGAGAUGUGGACGAUGAUCUUUUGGGCGGGGAGGAUGGAUGCACCCUUCUGAUGCAAAAAGACGGACACAGGCAGAGGAGGCUCAAUCGCAAUAAUCAAAUAAGUGGCUUUGCUAGCUUUGAAGAAUUGCAUUAAUUUGAAGUCCCAGACGAGUACAAAGGUCAUAACAAUGCUCACCUGGGCCCGAAUGUUCUGCUGCGUCAGAGAGCUGUGGCUAUGAGCAGCACCUUCAUCAACAGCCGAGAAGUUUGCAAUCGCUUUAGACUUCCUCCAGGCGAAUAUGUCAUCGUGCCCUCAACCAUCUAUCCUCACAAGAAUCCCAGCUUUGUUCUCAGAGUGUUCUCUGAGUAAAGAGCUUCCAGCAGUCCAUUGGAGGAGGACAUUGAUGCUGAAACAGAAGAACUGGAGGAAUUAUCAGAAAGUGAUCUGGAUCUUCAUUUCAAGUAUCUCUUCAAGCAGAUUAUCUGAUAUUUGCCAAUCCAAUUUGUAUCCAAAUUAAGCACAGGCCAACUAAACGCUUCUAUUUUCGGGGGGGGGUUCCAUAUCAGGACUGAUGGUAUUCUAUUCUACAAACCUUGGCGCAAAAUCCAGAAAUACUUGGAGAUCUUUAGGAAACAUGACCAUGACAACUCUGGCACCAUGUGCUCCCAUGAGAUGAGAGGUGCUGCCACUGAAGCAGGUUUUCACAUCAACAGUGCUGUGACCAUCGUCGGCCGCUACGCUGAUGCUCACUAUGCAAUCGAGUUUGACAACUUUGUUGGGUGUCUCAUUAAAGUGGAAAUGCUCUUCAAAAUAUUUAAGGCGCUAGACCAAGCAGACUCUGGGAAAAUUGAGCUAGAAAAACAGCAGGUACAUAUAUGUACACAGCUUGCUAGUUGGUUGUUAUUCUUUGUUUAUUCUGUUGUAUAUUUUCUCUUUCAUCAUUUUCUUGUCAUGUUCUUUUACACUGGCUGUGCCUCCCAAUACUGA